AUGCAGACCGCCCAGCAUCAUCUACGAAAGGAGAAACGCCUGUGCGACGCGCCUAUCGUUGCGCUCCACCAGGAUAUGAGGACUGCGAAAUUUCUCCUCGGUGCAGGCAAAUACUGCCAUGUUAUUUUGCAUGCCGACACGACUGGCAAGGACAUCGGAUACAUCAACUCUACGCAUGCAACGAUCAUCCCAGACCCCGACACCGAGGACGUCGAAAUCCAUAAUGUAUCUGCCACGACUACCUUCAAGCUCUCCAGCCUUACGACAGAACCGAUGGAGCGCAAAACAGUCCGUUCCGGGUCUUACGAACGCAUCCACCCCGGGACCACAUGGCAGUUGCAGCUCGCACUGGGCGUCCUAUUUAACGUCUACAUUCCAUGUGGCGGUGACCAAACCCAUUCAGUUGUGACGUUACCAACUGCGCCAUCCAAGAAAUCCGCUGCUCGUCCCCAACCAGCCAAGCGCCGGACAAGCAGACAGUCGGGCGAAGACCAGAUAGCACCUAUGUUGGCACCGACGCAGAUCAGUCCUCCGAGUCUGGCCAGGCCCAAACACGACGCUCUCCGGGUUGCUGCAGCAACGCCCACCACUCAUGUAUACAGAAAAGAACGGGGUGGGCAAGUCGUUGCGGUAAAGAAAUGUCGGAAACCGGAACUCGAGUCUUCAGUUUCGACAUGGGAACGUGAAUACAGGAUACUCGACCAUCUUCGCCGUCCGUGGCUCAGUCCUCACAUUGCGAAUUUGAUCCGCUAUGAUGCGAUGAAACUGAUACUGGAGCUUGAGUUUAUUGGACCAGAUUUGGGGAAGCGAAUUGAUGCGUGCAAGAUGUCGACGAUCCAACCUGCAACGCAGAAUCUCAUCUGGCACCAUAUCAGUCAGGCGUUGGUUUUCAUCCACAAACAGGGAAUUACCCACUGUGACAUCAAAGCCGAGAAUGUCCUCCUUACUCCCGGUGAUAGCAGGGCUGUGCUUUGCGACUUCGGCUGUGGUGCCUUUGGACAUGAGCGGGCUCACAGCGGUGGCACUCCACGAUAUAUUGCGCCCGAAUAUGCGACAGCAAAUGAACGCGGCCUGCCCGGCGAUAUUUGGGCGUUUGGCGUAACCAUGAUGUUCGUACUGAGGCUCAUCCCUCUGCCUGUCCAACCUGGCUGGGACAUUUCCAAAGUGCCGAGGGAGCCAGCUAUCCGAGCAAAGAUGUUCGAGUGGAUUGGUGGAUUGCGAGCUGUGACGGUUCCGGAGUCGGAGGCAUUAGUUAAGAGAAUGCUCGAGGUGAAACCGCGCAAUCGAAUCACCGCAGCUGAGUUGGUGGAAGAAGUUGGCAUGAGGAUCCAAAGGCAUCUCUUGGCUGCAUAA